GCCGAGGCUGCUCUGUCCUGGAGCUCAGCACAGUGACAACGGGUGGUAGUCCCGAUGGCAGAGAGACAACCUCAGGGAUCCUCCAGGACAUUUCCCCUCCAAGUGGGUGAGGAAGGCCGAUGGGCAUCGCCCAGUGAAGCGUCGGGCACUGAAUGAACCCAAGAAGAACCCAAAGCCACUCCAUCACCAGAAGAACUGCUGCGGGGCCACAUGGCAGACAGGCUCCUCAAUCAACAGGGGGUGGUAUAAGCCAUGGCAGUGGCAACAGAGGAAGCUCAGCCCUGGGGAAAUGCGUUGAAGAGGGGCGGGGGUGCUUCCUCUACCAGCCUUGCUGCUGCCACAGCCACCAGCGAGUGGUCAUCGCAGAGCACCUUGCUGGACCCAUGACAGGAGCACUGCUGCAAGGGCUCAUCACACCUGCAGGCCACCCCGCAACGGGUCAGGAGGAGCAGUCAACCUCUCCGAGGACAGUGAGCAAGCAGGAACUGUGCCUCUUAAUAUCACCACAAUGAACCAGAACAGCUGCAGUAUCACAGUUUAUGAAAACUUUCCGCUUGUCCAGCUGUGUGUUUACAUUCCAGUUUUGAUUUUGGGCAUUUUUCUGAACGUGUUGGCACUCUGGGUGUUCUGCUGCAAGCUCAACAAGUGGACAGAAACCAAAGUAUACAUGAUCAACUUGGCUGUGGCCGACUGCUUGCUGCUCUUCACUUUGCCUUUUAAAACAUUAUCCAAUUUCCAACAGAUGAAGGUAGGUAGAUGGUGUCUGAUUCUGGAAAGUGGCUAUUUCAUAAACCGCUUAAUGAGCAUCGGUAUCAUCACUGUCGUGGCAGCUGACCGGUACCUUGCCAUCAAGUACCCUUUGAAAGCCAAAGCGCUGAGGUCACCCCUGCAGGCAACUUUUGCAUCUGGAUUUCUUUGGAUAGUCAUCAUCUGUGUGAUUUUCCUUAUUAAAAUGAUAGAGAAUCGAGAGCAAGAUGAACUUUGUUUCGAAAAAUCCUCUGUUAAGCCCUCAGUAAUCAGUCUGUGUGUUAUUAUUGGAGGGUUUUUCAUACCACUGAUCAUUGUGAUUUAUUGCUCCACACAAGUCAUUGCAGAACUCUUGAAAAAGAAGAGUGAAAACUGUCACGAGAAAAAGCUCAUCAGGAAGGCUGUCUACAUUGUGACUGCAAACAUGGCAGUGUUCAUCAUAUGCUUUUUGCCUCUUUACCUUGGACAUCUCCUUCGCUUUAUAAUGGACUCCAUCAGCUCCAGCUGCCCUGCGAUACAGAGGGUUAACAACUUCGUUCACCUUGCCUCGGUCCUUGCAAACACAAACUGCUGCCUUGAUGCUAUUUGUUACUACUUUGUAAACAAGGAAUUUAAGGAAGCAUCUCCCAAGCUAGUGAGGUCCAAAUCUGAAUCCACUGAAGAUGCUGAAAUUCAGCUUCCCACACAUUAGAGUAAAAUGUACGUGGCACACAUUUUUGGCAUCUCCAUAUGCAACUGGGACUCAAUAAAAGGCUCAAUAUUAACACUGAAAGUGUUGAAACUUUUCUUUUUAUGUGAGUGUGAUGGAGGAACUUUCUGCUAAUGGGAAGGAUUCAGAUAAAUGAAAAUCGGCCCUGAUUCAGACAACCACAGCAGCCCAUAUCAUGAUGCAACAAUCUAGAUUGCCACUACAAUUCUCCGUCAUAUGCAAAUUUGAGUAAAAUGGUAGACUUCUACUGCAAAAACUCGAAUUUUCCCCGAAAACCCCGAACAAGUACAGACAAUGGUAAAAGUUUCUUCUGUCUAUCCCCCUGCCUAGGGCCAGCUUCUAUGCAGUUGUGACAAAGAAACAGAUUUUUUCAAGUAUCAGAAAACCAAACGAACUCAAAGUGAAACAACUGCAGAAAAAGGUGGAUGUUUUUAUGUAACAGGUAUCUUUUCUUAGUAAUAAAUGCAAAAUCACAGUAGCAGAGGCACAUUCAGCCUGCUUUGGUCAAGUUUACAGCAUAAUUCAGACUAUACAACAGCUACAAAAUGCUCAUCAAUUACAAGAAGAGGUCAGAAGAAACUGCAAUUACUUGUACUGGGGGAAAAGCUUCACAUUGAGUGCAUUUGAGUCAAAUGACAUUAAAACUACUAUCCAAAGAGCUGGAGUGGCUGGGUGGGAACGAGGACACUGUAAAUGGAGUCUGUUCAACAUUGUAAUGCAAAUAAUUGUCUCAAGAAAGUAGCAACACGUUUUUCCAAAGUAUCCAAUGUAAAUAAAAUUGUGUUACCAGCACAGAGCACCAUCUCUUAAUGAGUUAAAUGGAAACAGUGGGGAUCUAGUGGUUAUGGGAUCUGCUUGGUCCCCAGGGAGGGAGCUCAUUGCCUCUGCUGUCCAAGCAAAGGGCAAGGAGUAUGAGCUGCUACGGAGACUGGGAUCUUCAGAGGCAGUGCACUGCAGGCCACCCCAUAAUGCAUAUACCUGCAAAGAGCUGAGUAGGCAAAAUGGCUAACCAACCCCCCGUAACAAUGCUCAGACAACACACAGAUGUCCCGAGAUAGGAUGUAGAAACCAGGUGCACACCUCCACCCACAUCUCCUGAACAUGGGCCGGGCUCCCAGCUGCCUGUGGGCACUGGGCUGAGCCCUGCUGCCACCGCAGCAGCUUCACAGCCCCACACCCAGCACAGCCUCCACAUCUCCUACUCAAGGCACAUGCUGAAAGGAGGAAACCCCACUCAAGGAGAGGCC